AGGCCUCCCACUGCGUGUGGGGCCGAGCCAGCUUGCUCCAUCAAGCCGAGAGCAGUCUCCCACUCUUCUUUCUCACCUCGCAUCGCACUGCCUCAAUCUCUCGUCUCUAUUGCUUCUCUGCCGGAGCUCCUACAACCUCGCCUCGCGCAGCACUCCGCUCACCCUCCCUGACUCCCUCCCUGCCGCUGGGAUGGCCGGCAAACGAGUUACGGGCCGCGAUGGGCAAGACGAGGGCGGCGCCAAGGCCGGGCUCCCGGCGAUGGACAUCUCCCUCGCGUUCCCGCAGGCCACGCCUGCCUCCAUUUUCCCGCCGUCCGCUUCGGAUUAUUACCAGUCUGAUGAUUUGCUGACCAGUGAAGAGCGCUCUAUCAGGAUGAAGGUCAGGGGUAUUAUGGAAAAAGAAAUUGCUCCCAUUAUGUCAGCGUACUGGGAAAAGGCAGAGUUUCCAUUUAAUGCCAUUCCUAAACUUGCAAGCCUUGGUGUUGCUGGUGGUACAAUAAAGGGUUAUGGGUGCCCAGGACUUUCCAUUACUGCCAGUGCUGUUACUAUGUCAGAAAUUGCACGGGUAGAUGCAAGCUGUUCCACAUUUAUACUGGUGCACUCCUCUCUUGCGAUGGUGACAAUAGCUCUUUGUGGAUCCGAGGCUCAGAAGCAGAAGUACUUGCCAUCCCUUGCUCAACUUACUACUGUUGGCUGUUGGGCUUUGACAGAGCCAAACUAUGGAAGUGAUGCGAGCUCCUUGAGAACUAUAGCGACCAAGGCACCUGGUGGGUGGCACAUAGAUGGUCAAAAACGCUGGAUCGGUAACAGUACUUUCGCCGAUGUGCUCGUCGUGUUAGCCAGGAAUGCAGACACACAACAGCUAAAUGGGUUCAUUGUGCGGAAAGGAGCUCCUGGCCUGAAAGCUACAAAGAUCGAGAACAAAAUUGGCCUCAGGAUGGUUCAGAACGGUGACAUAGUUUUGAACAAGGUGUUCGUCCCUGACGAAGACCGGUUGCCAGGCAUCAACUCGUUUCAGGACAUCAGCAAGGUGCUCGCCAUUUCACGCAUUAUGGUGGCAUGGCAACCGGUUGGCAUAUCAAUGGGGGUCUUCGACAUGUGCCACCGGUAUCUGAAAGAAAGGAAGCAGUUCGGAGUCCCUCUGGCGGCGUUUCAGCUGAACCAAGAGAAGCUCGCCCGGAUGCUCGGUAACGUCCAGUCGAUGGUCCUCGUCGGCUGGCGUCUCUGCAAGCUCUACGAGUCGGGGAAAAUGACGCCGGGCCACGCUAGCCUAGGGAAGGCUUGGAACUCCAGGACGGCCCGCGAGGUGGUCUCCCUUGGCCGAGAGCUGCUGGGUGGGAACGGGAUUUUGGCCGACUUCCUUGUAGCCAAGGCGUUCUGCGACCUGGAGCCCAUCUACUCGUACGAGGGCACGUACGACAUCAACAGCCUGGUGACCGGCAGGGAGGUCACCGGGAUCGCGAGCUUCAGGCCCGCCGCGCCAGCGAAAGCCCGGCUGUGACGUGAUAACCUGUGUCCCCGUGUUGCAGGGAACUGGAGGCGAAUAAAUCAUGAUCAGGUCGUCGUCGUCGUCGCCAUCGAACAAACUGAGCACGUUCCUGGAACCCGCCCGGUCAACGUUGGCUGCUCACAUGGUGUACCGUAGCCGAGUGCGGAUGGGAACGGAUUCCUAGAUAUAUGUAGUACUAUACGAAGAUAUCUGUUGCGGGUGGAUUACUGUAAACCGGGUCUAAUCUCUGUUGCGGUGUUUGCCGUCUUUGGUCAGAAGGUAAGGGGGGAACGCCAGGC